AGACGAGCCGCACCGUGACCCAAAACAGUGGGAUUCCACUUCCGGUUUUCGAGAUGACCUGAGAAAAGACGGCAGUACAGCCGCCGUGCAGCACACAGCAACACUCUAGUCUAGCUACUGACUCUUUCCUCCAACUUCUCGGCGCUCUAGCUGCGAACAAAGACGGGAACAUUGCCGUCCAGGCGGGCCCCAGUCCCGCUAGUUCCCUUGCCAGUGCCGACGUCCCCGCUAGGAAAGAGGCUUCGGCCGGGGAGCUAGGAGCUUCUAUGGGGUUCUCACGUACCAUGCAGACCAGGUAUCAGCUGCUGAUGGCGCUACUGUUUGUAGCUGCCAUCAUAUACUUGGAGAAUCAGAUCCAGCGACUGGAGGCGGCCAGGGACAAAAUGGAACAUGUACUGGCCACCAUGCAGCUGCACUCCCUCCAGGUCCCCCAGUUCAGGAGAAGUGACGAAGACCUCGCCAAGUCAAACGACCAGAUCGUCAUCUACAACAGAGUGCCAAAGACGGCGAGCACAUCGUUUGUCGGACUCGCGUACGACUUGUGUCAGCGCAACGGCUACAACGUGAUUCACCUGAACACAACGAGAAACUCACCCAUCAUGUCAAUACAGGACCAGGAGCGGUUCGUCACAAAUGUUACCAGCUGGAAUGCGAAGAAGCCGGCCUUCUACCACGGACAUCUGUCGUACUUGGAGUUUGGACGGUUUGGUCUGCCUCAGAAGCCAGUCUACAUCAACAUAGUAAGAAAACCGCUGGACAGACUGGUGUCGUAUUACUACUUUGUCAGGUGGGGCGACGACUUCAGGCCUCACCUCAGACGGAACAAGCAUGGCGACAGCAAGACGUUUGAUGACUGUGUGGAGCAAGGAGAGCCAGACUGUGCACCGGAGAAACUCUGGAUGCAGGUUCCCUUCUUCUGUGGACACGCCGUGGAGUGCUGGGAACCGGGAAACAGGUGGGCUUUAGAAGAGGCGAAGAGAAACCUGGUGGCCAACUACUUCCUGGUGGGAGUGACAGAGGAGCUGGAAGAUUUUGUCAUGUUACUGGAGGCAGCGCUGCCCAAAUUCUUCAGGGGGGCAACAAGUCUCUUCCAACAAGGUAACUGCCAGGAGCUGCCUGGACGACCGCCCUGCCCGCCCGGUACCGGCGGCAAGUCCCAUCUGAGAAAAACGUCCAACAAACAGGAGCCUUCGAAAGAGACUGUCAGAAAAAUCCAGAGGUCCCAGAUUUGGCAGAUGGAAAACGAGUUCUACCAGUUUGCGCUGAACCAGUUUCAUCACGUCGUUCGGAGAUCGUUACGACGGGUCAACGGCGAGCUAACGCCGCUAGGAGCACAGUUUUUCUACGAGAAGAUUCGACCACGGUAGUACAGGCUAAACCGCAUUACAGGUUAAAGAAAAGGAGAUUAAUUUUGUAGCCAUCUUGUAGCAAAAUAAGACUCGUCUUGUAUUGUUCUACAUCAAGUGCCCAUCCUAGGAGUAUGAAAAGUUAUUAUUUUUUUGUUUAAAGUUUUACUUUGCUUUGUUUCGAGUGAUUAAGGAAAACUUUAAUCAUGAAUGUAGUCAGUCCUAGCCUGAUGACUUCGCUAACUUUAGAGUUAGGCAUCUGUUUGUAAAUGUUUAAUGGUGAUGAUCACAACUCUGCAAUUUCACUGCAAAAAAAUCAUUCAACUAAAGAUGAAUCCUGAUACAACAAGACCGCAAUAUUGUCGUUUACAUCUUUCGUAUUUGAAGGAGGGGGGCAAGAUAUCAACCAUUCACACUAACUGUACCGUACUAAGUGAAUAUGUUGCAUUCAUGUAUAAGUGUAGUUUUGUACUAAGAGUCACAGUUUUUUUAGCUUUAGAAAAGUAACAUAUUAAAAAAAGUGACAAGGUAUACAUAUUUUUGUGUGAAAUAUUGCAAUUCAUAUGUGAAACCUUUGACAGGGAGUUUUAACUAUUUUUUGCAUGUUACUUCUCGAUGAAGGCAUGUUUUUUGACAU